AUGAGGCUGUCUCCAACACUCGGGGCCGUCUUACUUGCCUCAAUCUCGACGGCCCUCGACGAAAAUACAAAUCCAGCAUCAUCCCUCAACAUUCUUCGCCGUAAUGCCGAGAUUGAAGCGCGCCUAGCAGAUGAACCCGUUUACGGCGUGCGAAAGAUGAGCAGCGACGAAGGCGAGAAGUUUUAUCUCGAUUAUUGGCAUUUUGAAGAUACACCUCAGGGUGGGCUAUCAGAAAGAGAUCUCGCAGAAGUCAAUGCUACUGCUAGUGACGAUGCGAAGAACCAAAAGGGAUCUACUCCUGGUACCGAGAAUGGGAUUUCCUCAGCGCAAUUCCUCGCUAGAUCAUACGCCUUUAGUCCAUCUUUCGGACCCGAGUCUGAGCUUCGCGGGAGUUUGUUGGAGGCGCGGGAUUUCAAGUGUCCGGGUGGCACGAACGCGUGUACCUCUAUCAACCGGUCUGAUCGGUGCUGCAGUACCGGUGAUACUUGCGUUAUUGUCACGGACACGGGGUCUGGAGAUGUCGGUUGCUGUCCUAACGGACAGACCUGCUCCGGCACGAUAGGGUCUUGUCAGAGCGGAUACACGACGUGCUCCACGGCUUUGGGUGGUGGAUGUUGUAUCCCUGGCUACGAAUGUGUUGAAGGUGGAUGUAAGUACAUCCUCGCACUCCUUACCAUCUUCCACCAACUAACCCAAUCCAAAACAGGCGCAUACAUCUCCGUGGUUACCGUAACGAUAGACUCAACCGUGACAGUCUCGACAGUAACCCACACAACAUCCCAAGAAACAAGCCACUCCACAUCAUCCAGCACAAGCACAAGCACACGCUCAACCAGCUCCUCAUCAAGCACGAAAAGCACCAGCACCAGCACAGAGAGUCUCACCCCACCAGCCCGCGGAACAAGCAUAACGACAACAACCCACUCCGCAACAACCCGCGUCGACGUCUGCCCAACGGGGUUCUACGCCUGCUCCGCCGUCUACAACGGCGGCUGCUGCCAGACAAACCGCGACUGCGACACGACAUCCUGCCCAACAACAUCGUCGACAACAUUCACCUCCGACGGGAAAACGAUAGUUAUACCCGUUACUACGGCGUCGUCGGGAUCGUCGAGUAAAACGGGCAAAUGUCCAGGCGGUUGGUUUAGCUGUGCGGAUACGGCGGGUGGAGAUUGUUGUCCGAGUGGGUAUGCUUGUGGUGCGAGUAUUUGUACUGCGACGGGCUCGGUGGCUACGACUGUUGCUAAGGAGGCACCGACUAGUAAUGGGGCUGGUGUUGAGCGUGUUUCGGGGGUAAUGGUUGGUUUUGGGUUGAUUUGUUGGGCUUUAAUUUUGUGA